GCGUGCCCAAUCCUUCCGCGUCACCGGUCUCACUCUCCAGGUCUCGUUCUGAUCGACAGUCUGGCUCACUGGAACACGGAGAGACUGCAGCGCAUAUAACACCAAACAAUAUCGCGUGUCCAGUUGUGCAUGGAUGCAGACAGGUGUGAGGGCAGGAACUAGUGGAAUCUAGUGGAGUGUAUACACACACACACACACACACACACACACACACACACACACACACACACACACACACACACACACACACACACACACACACAAACCAUGGCCACUGCCAGCAGAGUGGGCUCGGGAAGAGCUGGUUGGGUGGCGUUUGCAGAUGAAGCCUUCGGGACGAGCACAGAGCAUCAAGCAGAUGUGGACAGCAGCUUGCAGAGGCCUAGCCCCGCCCCUUCUGAGAACUCUUCCAGUGUCGAGCUGUUAGCCCCUCCCCCUCAGCAGAACGCAUGGGUCUUAUUCGAAGAGAAGCCCUGGCCCUCGCCCAAUCCGCAGUUGCAGGUAAAAGGUACUUCUAGACACAGUGUCUGUUCCACGGCCAGUUUCUGGAGUGCCGUCCCGCCCUCAGAGAGCAGCUGGACCCAAUCAGAACCAGGCUCAGUCUGGACCACACAAUCAGGGAAGAGCUCUGUGAGCAUGGGGGCGUCAUCUUGUGAUCUUCCCUCCCUAAACGCAGAGGAACGGCACAAUGAGUCGUCAUCCCGACCCCAGUCACCCAAUUUGUCAGUGUUCCAAGAGGAUGAAGGUAUAGAGAUGGAUUCAGUCAGCUGGACUUCCAACACCAAACUCCCCGGCACCCAAUCAGAGACCCCCAUUUCCUCUGGACGCUUCUCCUCCUGGGUGACCUUCGACGAUGACGAGGAGGACAAGCCCCACCACCUGGAGAAGCCAUCCCACACACGAUUGGAUGAUCUCAGCCACUUCCAGGAUGCCAACAGUAACCUGAUUGGUUCUCCUCCCAACGUUUGGAAGCAGAACGGGAACCAGCAGAACCAGAAUCGCCACCUCCUGGACCUGACGCCAGACGGAAACCCUCCUAGAUCCCUUCUGAUUGAACCUAGAACUGCUCCCCUGCUCCCCGGUAGGACUAAACCUUACACCAAGAAGAACCCUUUCCUGUGUGAAGAGUUCAAUGACAUCCAGCCCUCUCCCAUUAACCCCUUUAGUUCCUACUUUGACUGUAAACAGGAAGUGGCAUCAGAGACGAUCCAGAGUAAUGGCUCCGCCCACCACCUGGAGAGCUCUCCCUGUGCCUUCUCCUUUAGCUCUCCUUUCUUCCAGUCUUUCAGCUCCCACAGCCAAGAGGCCAAACGAGAGUCCAUUCUCAUCUUCUCCUCCGAGUUUGAGCCCACCAGAGGAGGAGGGGAAGAGACAGUCAGCCAUGUCACUCCUCCCUUAGACAGACUAGACCUGGAUCAGCUGAGAAACCUCCAGAUCACAGACCCAGAUGAUUCAGGCAGCCCUACUUUGCCUGAUGACUCAGUGGAGGAUGCAGAGGAGGCGAAGGAAGAUGGGUUGGGAGGAGAGGAUGAGGGCACCCCCUACCUCCCAGAUCACAUGACCCCCCAAGAUGGCUGGGCCAUGCUGCUCCGUAUACCAGAGAAGAAGAACAUCAUGUCGUCACGCCACUGGGGGCCUAUCUAUGUCCGUCUGUCUGACGACGGUGUGCUCCAGAUGUUCUACGAGAAAGGUCUGGAGAAACCCUUCAGGACCCUGAAACUGGACCCUCGCUACGAGGCGGCUGAGCACCGCCUGCAGAAUUACGAAGAAGCCGGCCGCGUCCACACGCUCAGUGUGGACCUCGUCCAAUACCGUGAGAGGAGGCGAAUCCAGCCGAAGUCACCCGUCACCCACCAGCCAAUCCGUGAGCAGCUGGUGAAGCUGGGCACCACCUGUUACCACGACUUCCUGAGUUUUCGUCAUGCGCUGGUAGAGGUGCUGAGGCGGUUGCCGGCAGUGACGGGUGGGGCGUUGACAGGGUCGCCCAUAGGGGCGGGGCUGACAGAGGAGGAGGUUCAGGUGGAGGUGAGGGACGAGUUCUACGGGACGGUCGCUGCGGGAGAUGGGAGGAUUCUGAAGCAGCUUGUGAUGACUCGUGUGCACGUGCUGGCCUUCUUCUCUGGGUCGGCAGGCUGCCGCCUUGGACUCAAUGAUGUGCAGGUCAAAGGUAAGGAGGUGGUCUCCAGACACGACAUCAUCCCCAACACCACCACCCGCUGGAUCCGCUUACGUGACUGCGAGCUUCAUGAUGAACACGCAGACGAACUAGAGUUCCUGUCGUCACGCCAAGUUGUCUUCACACCGCCACCCUGCCGCCGCUUCCAGCUGCUCGCCUUCCGCACGGCCUUCGCUGAGAAAACCCUCCCCUUCACGCUGCGCACUGUUGCCUCCGUCCGCGGCGCCGAGGUCACCCUGCAGUCCUGGCUGCUGAUGUCACAGGGGUUCUCGUCCAAUCGGGACACGUUGAACCUCAUCCCCUGCGAGAAUGUGGCGAUCCGCUACCCCAUCCCUGAGAUUUGGGCCAAGAACUUCCGUCGGGACGGGGUGAUGGGGGAGAGGUCACUGAAGGCGAGGUUCAACAAGGGUGCCAGCUUCGGCACGGCGAGUACUUCCGGGUCAGAGCCAGUGAUGAGGGUGACCCUUGGCACGGCCAAGUAUGAACAGGCUUUUAAAGCUGUGGUGUGGAGGCUCAGCCGCCUGCCUGACAAAAACUCUGCGUUGGGUCACCCCCACACCUUCUUCUGUCGUCUGGAGCUGGGUUCGGACCGGGAGGUGCCAGCCUCGCUGCAGAGCCACCUGGAGGUCGAGUUUGACAUGCCCGCCGCCUCUGCCUCCAAAGCCACCGUCCGCUCCCUCUCUGUAGAGGACAGGGCAGACGCCAAGAAGUGGAUCAACUACAAAUCACACUACUCCUACCAGGUGCCUAUAGAACAGAAGACAGGCGGCCUCUCAGAGAGCAGCAGCCCUACACUGGACCAGGACCAGCCUGGAGAAUGUGCACAGCAGUGAACACACACACAGACAGACGGAUGUAGGGAGGGCGGGAGGAUUUGAUGACUGCUUUUUUCACAGGAGAAGGGAGAAAAGUCACUUUUUGCACUUUGAAGAACUGUACCGGAGGACUAGUUGGCUGAUGUUUGUGCAUAGAUUGGAUGUAGACUGAAUGUACACUGGACAUAACUGAUUCUCGAUAGGACAUCAACUUGACAUAGAAUGGGUCUAGUGGUCGUAGACUGGACAUAGACUAGAUCUACACUAGACCAACUGAUUAUAGACGGGUCGUGGACUGGUAUGACUAGAUGUACUGCCACCGGACAAUUUAUUAGGUACACCACCCCAUUCACAAGCAUGGAACGCUCCUACAGACAGUGAGUCACGUGGCCAUGGCUUGCUAUAUAAAGCAGGCAUUGAGGCAUUCAGUUGCUGUUCAGUUGAUUGUUAGAAUGGGCAAAACAAGUGACCUAAGCAACUUUGAGUGUAUUAUGAUCGACGGUGCCAGGCGCGCCGGUUCCAGUAUCUCAGAAACGUCUAGCCUCCUGGGCUUUUCACGCACAACAGUAUCUAGGGUUUACAGAGAAUGAGGCGACAAACAAAAAACAUCCAGUCAGCAGCAGUCCUAUGGGCAAAAACAGCUUGUUGAUCAAAGAGUUUGAAGGAAUCAGCAAGAAUUGUGCAAGUUAACAGGCGGGCCACAAUCAGGCAAAUAACGGCGCAGUACAACAGCGGUGAGCAGAACGGCAUCUCGGAACGCACAACUCGUAAGUCCUUGUCAUGGAUGGGCUAUUGCAGCAGACAACCACACCGGGUUCCACUCCUAUCAGCUAAAAACAAGAGGAAUCCGCUCCAGUGGGCACGCAAUCACCAACACUGGACAAUUGAGGAGUGGAAAAUCAUUACCUGGAACAUGACAGUGAGUUCAGUUUACUUGAGUGGCCUAGUCAGUCCCCAGACCUCAACCCAAUAGAGCAUCUUUGGGAUGAGAUGGAACGGACUGUUCACAGCAUGAAUAUACCGCCAUCCAAUCUGCAGCAACUGCGUGAUGCCAUCGCGUCCACAUGGACCAACAUCCCUGUGGAAUGUUUCCGAGACCUUGUAGAAUUCCCCAAAUAAUUCAGGCUGUUCUGGAGGCAAAGGGGGGUCCGACCCGGUACUAUAUGGGUGUACCUAAUAAACUGGUCGGUGAGUGUAGAUUCUGCUUUGUUGUAGACUAGAUAUAAACUGGACUAAACUGGUUGUAGAAUGGAUAUGACUAGAUGUAAACUGGAUAUACUCUACUUAAACUAGUCGUAGACUGGAUAUGACUAGAUGUAAAUUGGAUAUAGACUGGACUUAGACUAGUUGUAGACUAGGGAAACUCAUUAGACUGAUCUUGCUUUGUUCAUUUGUUUAUUUUCUUAAAAAUGCUGAUUUGGGCAGACUAGUCUUACUGAGGGAGAGCUAUUAGUUUUAUAUGAUGAUUCAUUUAUUGUGAGUGGAUCGGCUUGGCCUUGUGGUCUUACCCCAUUGGGGUACAGCAAGGGCAACGUUACAGAUCGUUCAGAUAGAAAUGCAUUGCGCAGAACAGAUGAUUGUCAGUGAGAGUCAAAUAUUGCGGUAUGAUGGGGAUUAGUCUGACAUUGUAAAGCCUGGCAUUUCAGUAAACCAGGACAUUGAGAUAAGUGAAAGGAGUACAGUCAUUACAGUCUUAGUGGAUUUCAUGCACUCUUGAGGCUAAUCGAAGCACUAGCUAAUGUGCUUCUACAGUACGUGUUUGCUUCAGUGUUCAUUGACCUUCCACACAAUUCUCAAUCAAUAGAUUUAAGAGGCUUACAUUAGUUUACAUAGUAGAGACAAAAUGGCUCUUCAAUAUGCCCCCCCCUGUGUCAGUGUUGGUUCAGUAUUCGACUGAAUGCUCUUGUGUUCAGUCAGGUGUUAGGUAAGCAUAAAUGCUUUCUGCUUUUCUCUCUCGCAAAGUUGAAUGUUCUUCCAAAAGGUCUUACAGGUACUUCGGUCCUGUCAUUUCACAUAGUCGUCUUAACCAGUCUUUCCGUGAGUUAACAACAGUCAAUACUGCAAUUGGUGAUGAUGAUGAUGCAGAGUUCUAAUACGCUAAUGACAACAUACUGUAGUUUGGCUAUUUUGGCUGUACUUAGAAACUGCAGCAUUUUUUUUAAAAAUACGUUUGUUUUUAUAAAUGUGCUUUACAUGUACAAUGUGCAUCCAUCCGUAUUACUAACAUUGACUCAAUGUGAACAAGAUACUGUAUGUACAAAACAUAACUAUAUUCUGCAAUGGACAUCAUCUGCAGGUCUAAACACUGAUGUCCACUUUUUUCUAGCUGCUCCGUUGUGCAGUUGGUCACAAUUGUAGGUUACUGUUGUCGUUCAGUUGGUACAUUUUGUGCAAAAAAAUGCUUCUUUAUGAAAAUGGCCCUCACUUGAAGCAUCUCAAAACAUCCCUUAGCAGAGGGAAUUUUGUUCUCAACAGCGCAAUAAAUCAAACUCAACAAAUGUACCGAUAAGGGGGGGGGGGGGGGGUUGUUGUUGUUUAGGACAAUGCACAAUGUGUUCUUGUAGUGAGGAAACAUUAAAUAAUUAAUUGUAAUUAUAUAGAGAGUGAAUAGUUUAUAUAUUUUUUCUUCUAGAUGAUUAACAAGUUUUUCAUGUAAAAUUUUGUCAAGUGUGGAAUGUUAGAAAAUAGGUCUUAACGGGAUCUGGGUUACUUAGUUUACCAUCUCUGAGAAGAAAAAAGAAGAAAAAAACAUGGAAAUGGGUCAAUCCAGAUCUGGAUGGGAAACUAGUCCAGAAAAUCAUAUACAAUAGAACAUUUGAAUAAUUUGAAAAGAUGUUUAAGCUCAAGAUAUCUAGACCUCUUUUGAGACCUCAUUUGAUUUUCGAAGAAAAGCCUGUUGUAUAAGCCCAGUACAUUUCAAUGGUUUUCCAAGAAAACUUGAACUCCUUAGAAAAAACAACAACAACAUUGUUAUUUUUAUUUAUGAAAAUUUAUGACAAAACACCAUAUGACUGUGCUCUGCUUCUGUGUACCUAAAAAGGAUUAGUCUAUUAGUCUAUUUUGGUAACAUGGUUUUGUGUUCCGUACAUGGCAACUGUUUAUAUCAUUAGCUGCAACCUGUAAAUAAUCCAUUCUGCAACACUAGACGGAUAAGAUCUGUACCUUUGACAGAUCCAAUUGGAGUACUCAAGAAUGCUAGAGGUAUAUUUGCUGAAAAUGAUACUUUAAACUGGAAAAAGGAAUUAAAUAUAUUUUUCUCUUUUGA